AUGAAAAAAAGUCACGAAGUAUUAGUGAGAAGUGGAAAGCGAUCAAUCACUGAAGGUUGUGGUAAUAGCUACUAUAAAUGCAAUUCUGGUGACUGCAUCCCACUACAUGAAGUUUGUAAUCGAAAGUAUGAUUGUGCUGAUGGUAGUGAUGAGAUGCAAUGUGAGUAUUUCCUGGCUGCUGUAGAAGCGCAUAAUAAACGGAAAAAUAUUCCUGUUACCGCAAGUACCAAAAAUCAAAGAAAUGAAUUUGGUAGAAGAUCUGAAAAGCAGAGCAAGAAAGCAGAUCGAAAAAUUUCCUAUAAGCGUGAAAGUAAGCAGGAAGGAAUUCGGAAGAGUCAACAAAGACAUAUUCAUGGUAAUAAUCAUAGGAAAUCCGUUAACCAUGUUCUCCGUGCGCCACCUAGUUAUGCUCAAAGUCGAUAUGGCUAUUUAUUAGGUUCAGGUCAGGACAGUCAUUCAUUUGCAAAAGAAUACGGCGGUGGAAGACGUUAUAAUUUUGCUUAUAAUCAUCUGAGCUACAAAGAUCGCGGCAUGCACAUUGGUUAUAGUGACAGUUACGACCGCAAAGGGAACAGAUGGUAUCGAAAUGGUAACGUAAGGGGAAAUGGUAACAGUUAUUCAGCGCAAGCUGACCAAUACAGCGGUCACCAAAAAAAAAGCACUGGACGAAACGGAUGUGCUGAUGGCUAUCAAAAUAGUUAUGAUUUUGGAUAUGAGAAUCGUAAUAACAAAAUUGAAGAUUAUGGACAAAAUAUUGGUCACACUAAUAGUGCUGAUUGUACAUCAGCGAAUAAUUAUAAUGCUUCAGAGCAGUCAGGAAGAAGUUAUGUUAAGGAUCACAAAUAUUUUGGAUAUGGUCAGAAUGGGAGAGUUGGAACUAAAACUGACAGCAAACCAAGAAUCAGUGGUAGACGGAUGGAAAAUGAUGGCUACAAUAGAAUUGAAGGUGGUAGUCGAAACGGUUAUAGUAGUGAAGGAAAUCGUAUCACCGCAGAUAGUAGAGCAUAUAUCGUGCCAUUCGGAAAAGAAGCAAAAUUACGGCAAAAUGAUGGUGAUUUUGCAGUUCAUCAAAAUAAUGGAUACUCUUUGCCUCGACAACUUUUUGAUGGCCAAAAUGAUUUUACAGCUGAUUAUGCAUCCAGUUACGAACAACAUAGGCGACCCACAUCGCCUAUACCAGAACCACAAAUAACCACAUCGUCACCAGCAUUCAUAAACCAUAUUAAUGACUUGUACCAGUUUGAAGGAGUCAAGGAGCAAGGUUAUGAUACUGCAGUUGCAGUGCGUUCAAAGACUCUGACGAGUACGGCAUCACUUAUAAAAGAAAUCAGCAAUGGAAUUGGAAUUGACGAUAAUGAUGCAAAUUUAUAUGAUUGCUCUGAUCAAGAAUUUCGAUGCCCUUAUUUGGAAACAAUUCUUUGCGUGCACUAUGUGAAACUUUGCGAUGGUUUUGAUGAUUGUGGCGAUGGUAGCGAUGAAAUGAACUGCGCUGAGGAUGAUAUAAUCUCUUCAUCAGGCAGUGAUGGAUCACUGCCUAAAGAUCCCAGCAGGUGCAGUACUACUCAAUUCCAAUGUGGGGACGGGAAAUGCAUUGAAAAAACUGAACACUGUAACCGAAAAUAUGAUUGUGAUGAUGGUACAGACGAAACCAGUUGCGAUUAUUUCCAAGAAGCUCUCAAGCAUGCGACAACAUCUACCCACACCGUAACACUACACAGCGCAGAACCAACGCAGGCUCAAGUUGAAGCGUAUAAGGAAGGAGGAAGAAAAAGUGAUGGGGAACGAGAGGAGCAUGAACCGGAAAAAGAGGGAGAGCAACAACAAGAAGUACAAGAAGAGAGAGGGACAGAUGAACAGGAGAUCGAGAAAGAUUAUAAUGAAGAAAAGAAAAGAGUGAGCGAGGGACAAGAACAAGCUGAAGUAGAAGAGGGAGAGGAACGGAAAAAAUUGAGAGAGAAGGAACAGGAGGAAAUCGGACGAGAAAUUGAACUAGAACGUCAAGAAGAACAGAAACAUUAUGAAGAGGAGGAACAGAAAAAUUCUGAAAAAGAACAUGAGAAUUAUGAGAUAGAAAAACAUGAAAUAUAUGGAAAUGAAGAAAUAUCGUGGGAAGAACAUAAACAGAGAGAAAGGGAACCGACAGAAGAGCUGAUAGUAAGGAAAGAGACUGAAAAAGAUGAUAAUGAAUUGAGAGACUAUACGAGAUUUGGAGAAUCUGAUAGAGAGAAUGAGGAGGGAGAUGAGAGAAAAACGGAACUGGAACAUAAAGCAGAAGAAGCUGAAAAAAGAGAACAGCUUGAAAAGUAUAGUAUGACUGUAGAAGGUGUUAGAAUCAGAGAAAGUGAGGAGCAUCGGCGACUUAAUGCCGAACGUCAUGAUAGGGUCAAGCCUUUCCAUUCUGGUGAUGAUAAUAAUAUUGAUGAAAAUAAUCGCUAUGUGGAAGCUGAUGUUAGAGAGCAGUAUGAAGUAUUGGAAGCCGGAAGAGUAUGCGCAAGCAAUCAGUAUCAGUGUGUUAACUUGGAAUGUAUCAAUGAAAGUGCGCAGUGUGACGGGAAAGCUGACUGUUCGGAUGGUUCUGAUGAAAUGCUUUGCCAUCCAUCCUUACAGCGUCAAAGAGUAAAGAGUUCUUCAACAACAACGUUAACGUCAACUGCAACGUCUUUUAUUACAUUCGCAUUUUUCAUACGCUUUUAA